AUGGAACAGCGGAACCGACUCGGCGCCCUCGGAUACCUGCCGCCUCUGCUGCUUCACGGCCUGCUGCUCUUCGUCGCCGACGCAACAUUCACCGAAGUCCCCAAAGAUGUAACCGUGCGGGAGGGAGACGAUAUCGAAAUGCCCUGCGCGUUCCGGGCCAGCGGAGCCACCUCAUACUCGCUGGAGAUUCAGUGGUGGUACCUUAAAGAGCCUCCCCGGGAGCUGUUACACGAGCUGGCACUCAGCGUGCCAGGAGCUCGGAGCAAGGUAACAAAUAAGGAUGCAACUAAAAUCAGCACCGUGCGUGUCCAGGGCAAUGACAUCUCGCACCGCCUUCGGUUGUCUGCUGUACGACUGCAGGACGAAGGAGUUUACGAGUGCCGUGUGUCGGACUACAGCGACGACGACACUCAGGAACACAAGGCCCAGGCGUUGCUGCGCGUGCUGUCGCGGUUCGCACCGCCCAACAUGCAGGCUGCUGAGGCAGUGUCCCACAUCCAGAGCAGUGGCCCGCGGCGACACGGAGCCCCCAGCGCUGUCAGCUCCAGCAAUGCAGGCGCCGCCGCCGUCAGCACCACCUCUGAACCCGGGUACAGCGACAAGAACCCACCUCCUGGGAGCCCUCCCUCUAGACCAGAAGUUCCGGAGGCAGCGGCGGCUGCUGCCGCCGCCUCCGCGACCCACACAGUCACCACCACUGCUGCAGCAGCUGCUGCUGCUUCAUCAGCUUCACCACCAUCAGGCCAGGCUUUCCUUCUGCGCCAGAGGCACGGUUCCGGUACUGGCCCUGCCUACCGCACAGACCCUCUGCUGUCUCUGCUCUUGCUAGCGCUGCAUAGGUUCCUGCACCCAUUGCUGGGACACUGACAGCCAUAAAAUUUCGGCAGCCACCCAGGGGAGGACCUUGCCACAUGGACACAAGGACCAAGGGAAGCAUGAAGAAGUCCAUGCAGAAAUAAAUAAAUCUUAUUUUUUGGGGAAGUAACACAAAUUUAGGAGACUUAAAGUAACGCAUCAAGUUUCCAAAUAGGAUGGAGCGAAGGCCGUGCAGUCUGCAUGGGGCGCUGAGCUCUCCACGGCAACGUCCAGUUUCUGUUUCUUUCCUUCACGUGCCCUCCGAAUCUUCAUUUUGCACGAACUGUUGAGCAGGUA